AUGUAUCAAAUUGACGACGAUGAUGAUAGAAGAUUUCAUCUCCCACCUCCUCUUUCAAACCAAGCCAACAAUGAGAUUAAUUCAUCCCAAUUUGGCAUUCUUUCAUCAAAUCAUAAUAAAUUCUUACCAAAUCUCCACUCUUAUCUCCCACUUCAUGACCUAACAACAUUAAACCCUACUCUCAAUAUUGAUUCACCAUCAUCUAGCCCUAAUAAUAGCAUUAUCAACACUUUAUGUUCAGAUGAUCAAACAACCAAGGAACAAAGUGAGGAACAAGAAAUUAGAAGGCUAAAGAGGAUGAUAUCGAAUAGGGAAUCAGCAAGAAGGUCUAGGCUUCGCAAACGCAAGCAACUCGAAAACCUUCAAUCACAAGUUUUACAACUUCUUGCAGCAAAUCACCAACUAGCCGAAAAACUCAACCUUGUCAUGGAGUCUAACUAUGAACUUCUCCAAGAGAAUGCUCGGCUUAGAGACGAAUCCAUCUGCCUUCGAAACGAGUUGCUCAUGUCAAUGAAAUGCGACCUAGGGCUCGAAGAUGGUGAAUGUACAAGAGCUAAUAAUAACAAUAAUAAUCAAACAGCCACUAGUCCAAAUAGCAUCACUAGUUCCAUGGAUUUUCUACGUUAA